GCCGGAGGGCGGGCGCCACCGCUGCGUCUGCCGCGGCUAUGGCCCAGUGCGUACAGUCAGUGCAGGAGCUAAUCCCGGACUCCUUCGUUCCUUGUGUCGCCGCGCUGUGCAGCGACGAAGCAGAGCGGCUUACUCGUCUCAAUCAUCUCAGCUUCGCGGAGCUGCUUAAGCCUUUUUCUCGCCUCACUUCCGAGGUUCAUAUGAGAGAUCCUAAUAAUCAGCUUCACAUAAUUAAAAAUUUGAAGAUAGCAGUGAGCAACAUUAUUACCCAACCACCUCAGCCUGGAGCCAUUCGGAAGCUUUUGAAUGAUGUUGUUUCUGGCAGUCAGCCUGCAGAAGGAUUAGUAGCUAAUGUGAUUACAGCAGGAGAUUAUGACCUUAACAUCAGCGAUCGGUCAAUUAAAGCUAGUGUUCCUUGGUACAGUAAUUGGAAAGACACAUUGAUGGAAUUGAAAGAAUCCUCGUUAUAUACAGCUACUACUCCAUGGUUUGAGUCUUAUAGAGAGACCUUUCUUCAGUCGAUGCCAGCAUCAGAUCAUGAAUUUCUGAACCACUAUUUAGCAUGUAUGUUGGUAGCAUCAUCUAAUGAAGUUGAACCUAUGGAACAGUUUUCAAAAUUGUCACAAGAACAGCAUCGGAUUCAGCACAACAAUGAUUAUUCCUACCCUAAGUGGUUUAUACCAAAUACACUCAAAUAUUAUGUACUUUUACAUGAUGUAAGUGCAGGAGAUGAACAGAGAGCUGAAUCAAUUUAUGAAGAAAUGAAACAGAAAUAUGGAACUCAGGGUUGCUAUUUGCUUAAAAUUAAUUCUCGAACGUCAAAUCGAGCAUCAGAUGAACAGAUACCAGAUCCUUGGAGUCAGUAUCUCCAGAAAAGUAGUAUUCAAAACCAGGAAUCAUAUGAAGAUGGCCCUUGUACUAUAACUUCAAAUAAGAAUUCUGAUAGUAACUUGCUUUCAUUGGAUGGAUUAGAUAACGAAGUCAAAGUAGAUGGCUUACCAAAUAACUUUAGAGCUCACCCACUUCAAUUGGACCAAUCCAGUGACCCUUCUAACAGCAUUGAUGGCCCAGAUCAUGUAAAAUCUGCUUCAUCAUUACAUGAAACAAAGAAAGCAAAUACUGGAAUAAUUCAUGGUGCAUGUUUAACACUUACCGAUCAUGAUAGAAUUCGACAAUUUAUACAAGAGUUUACAUUUCGGGGCCUUUUGCCACAUAUAGAGAAAACAAUUCGGCAAUUAAAUGAUCAGCUAAUAUCAAGAAAAGGUUUGAGUCGAUCUCUAUUUUCUGCAACUAAAAAAUGGUUUAGUGGCAGUAAAGUUCCAGAAAAGAGCAUUAAUGAGCUGAAAAAUACAUCUGGGUUGCUGUAUCCACCUGAAGCACCAGAACUUCAAAUCAGGAAAAUGGCUGACUUAUGUUUUUUGGUGCAACAUUAUGAUUUGGCUUACAGUUGCUAUCAUACUGCAAAGAAGGAUUUUCUUAAUGAUCAAGCAAUGCUUUAUGCAGCUGGUGCCUUGGAAAUGGCAGCAGUGUCAGCUUUUCUCCAACCAGGAGCACCCAGGCCAUACCCUGCUCAUUACAUGGAUACAGCAAUUCAAACAUAUAGGGAUAUUUGCAAGAAUAUGGUAUUGGCUGAAAGAUGUGUAUUGCUUAGUGCCGAAAUUCUAAAAAGCCAAAGCAAAUAUUCAGAAGCUGCAGCUCUCCUAAUACGGUUGACUAGUGAGCAGAGCACAUGGAAGGGCAUGGAUUCUGAUCUUCGAAGUGCACUUCUUUUGGAACAGGCAGCACAUUGCUUUAUAAACAUGAAGAGUCCCAUGGUUAGAAAAUAUGCGUUUCAUAUGAUAUUGGCAGGCCAUCGGUUUAGUAAAGCAGGACAGAAGAAGCAUGCUUUACGCUGCUAUUGUCAAGCCAUGCAAGUUUAUAAAGGAAAAGGCUGGUCUCUUGCAGAGGAUCACAUUAACUUCACUAUUGGGCGCCAGUCCUAUACACUUAGGCAACUGGAUAAUGCUGUGUCUGCUUUCAGGCAUAUUUUAAUCAAUGAGAGUAAACAAUCUGCUGUUCAACAAGGGGCCUUCCUUAGAGAAUAUCUUUAUGUUUACAAGAAUGUAAGUCAGCUAUCACCAGAUGGUCCUUUACCACAACUUCCUUUACCAUAUAUUAACAGUUCAGCAACACGGGUUUUUUUUGGCCAUGACAGACGACCAGCAGAUGGUGAAAAGCAAGCAGCUACUCAUGUAAGUCUUGAUCAAGAAUAUGACUCUGAAUCCUCUCAGCAGUGGCGAGAACUUGAAGAGCAAGUUGUGGCUGUGGUUAACAAAGGAAUAAUUCCGUCCAGUUUCUAUCCCACACAAUAUUGUUUGAACAGUUAUUCGGAUAACUCCAGAUUUCCACUUGCAGUUGUGGAAGAACCAAUUACAGUGGAAGUGGCUUUUAGAAACCCUUUGAAGGUUCCACUUUUGUUGACUGAUUUGUCAUUACUUUGGAAGUUUCAGCCUAAAGAUUUCAGUGGAAAGGAUAAUGAAGAAGUUAAAGAACUAAUUACAGGUGAACCUGAAAUGAUUGGAACUGAAGUUAUUUCAGAAUUCUUAAUUAAUAGUGAAGAAUCUAAAGUGGCAAGACUAAAGCUCUUUCCCCAUCACAUAGGGGAGCUGCAUAUAUUGGGAGUUGUUUAUAAUCUUGGCACUAUUCAGGGCUCCAUGACAGUAGAUGGCAUUGGCGCUCUUCCUGGAUGUCAUACAGGAAAACAUUCCUUGAGUAUGUCAGUCCGAGGGAGACAGGAUUUAGAAAUUCAAGGUCCUCGACUUAACAACACAAAAGAAGAAAAAACAUCUAUUAAAUAUGGUCCUGAUCGACGUUUAGACCCUAUAAUCACUGAAGAAAUGCCACUAUUGGAGGUGUUCUUUAUACAUUUUCCUACAGGACUUCUCUGUGGAGAAAUUCGAAAAGCAUAUGUAGAAUUUGUCAAUGUCAGCAAAUGUCCUCUUACUGCCUUGAAGGUUGUUUCUAAACGUCCAGAGUUCUUUACUUUUGGUGGUAAUACUGCUGUUUUAACACCACUGAGCCCUUCAGCUUCUGAAAAUUGUAGUGCUUACAAGACUGUUGUGACAGACUCUACCUCUGUGUGCACAGCACUUAUAUCAUCAGCUUCUUCUGUAGACUUUGGCAUUGGCAUAGGGAGUCAGCCAGAAGUGAUUCCUGUUCCCCUUCCUGACACUGUUCUUCUACCUGGAGCUUCAGUCCAGCUACCAAUGUGGUUACGUGGGCCAGAUGAAGAAGGUGUCCAUGAAAUUAACUUUUUGUUUUACUAUGAAAGUGUUAAAAAGCAGCCUAAAAUACGACACAGAAUCUUAAGGCACACUGCAGUUAUUUGUACCAGCCGAUCUUUGAAUGUGCGAGCUACUGUCUGCAGAAGUAAUUCUCUAGAAGAUGAAGAAGGCAGAGGAGGGAAUAUGCUAGUCUUUGUGGAUGUGGAAAAUACCAAUACUAGUGAAGCAGGUGUUAAGGAAUUCCACAUAGUACAAGUAUCAAGUAGUAGCAAGCACUGGAAGUUACAGAACUCUGUAAAUCUCACUGAAAAUAAAGAGGCCAAACUUGCCAGUAGGGAGAAAGGAAAGUUUUGCUUCAAGGCAGUAAGAUGUAAGGAAAAAGAAGCUGCUGUGCAGUCCUCAGAAAGGUAUACCUUUGCAGAUAUCAUCUUUGGAAAUGAACAGAUAAUAAGUUCAGCAAGUCCAUGUGCAGAUUUCUUUUAUCGAAGUUUAUCUUCUGAGUUGAAAAAACCCCAAGCUCAGUUGUCUCUACAUACAGAAAAACAUUCAAUAGAGGAUGCUGUGAGAUUGAUUCAGAAAUGCAGUGAGGUGGAUUUGAAUAUUAUCAUAUUAUGGAAGGCAUAUGUUGUGGAAGACAGUAAGCAGCUUAUUUUGGAAGGUCAGCAUCAUGUUAUUCUUCGCACUAUAGGAAAAGAAGCCUUUUCUUAUCCUCAGAAACAGGAAUUACCAGAAAUGGAACUGUUAAAAUUUUUCAGGCCAGAAAACACUGCAGUUUCCUCAAGACCAUCAGUAGACCAGCUUUCUAAUCUCAUUAAAACGAGUCUUCACUACCCAGAAUCAUUUAAUCAUCCAUUUCAUCAAAAAAGUCUUUGUUUAGUACCAGUCACCCUUUUACUUUCUAACUGCUCUAAGGCUGAUGUAGACGUGAUUGUUGAUCUCCGGCAUAAAACAACAAGUCCAGAAGCAUUGGAAAUCCAUGGAUCAUUCACAUGGCUUGGACAGACACAAUAUAAACUUCAGCUUAAAAGCCAGGAAAUUCACAGUUUGCAGCUGAAAGCUUGCUUUGUUCAUACAGGUGUUUAUAACCUUGGAACUCCUAGGGUGUUUGCCAAGUUAUCGGACCAAGUUACAGUGUUUGAAACCAGUCAGCAGAACUCCAUGCCUGCCCUGAUCAUCAUCAAUAAUAUGUGACAACUUGCAAAUUUAUACUGAAAUCCACAAGAAUCAGUUUAAUUUUGCUGAAUGGUUUUUACAGCAGUAUUUGAAAUACCUAACUUUUUGGAGGUUGGUGUCUGAUUGCUGCAAAAUACUUCAACCUGUCACCUUGUUGAUGAUGUAAAGCACGUUGGACUGAGAAUACUUAAAUUCUUUUUUUUUUUUCUUUAAACCUGGUAAUAAUUUACAUGCUCAUAAUACAGAUUUCAACAUAUCCAUGCACCUUAUUAUGCCCCGUCUUAAAAAACAAUGUCUAAGUCUGCUGUUACAACUUGUCAGUGGUAUGAAUAUUAAGAGAUGAUUUUGAGGAAGGAAAGGCCUUAUUGGCAAUACUCCUGUUAAGCCAUUAGUCUAUAAAUUCCAGCUUUACUGUGAAGUUCUAUAGAGUGUUAAGUACAGUUUUUCCUUGUCUUGCUUCACACAACUCUCCAAAAUCAGUUUUGAACUUUGGUUAUAGAGUCUUCAUAUUUCAGUAUCUGGUGGUCCCUAUGGGUUAUAUAUAACUUUGUAAAGAAAAAAACAUUUUUUUUCCUGAUGAUUUGAAAAAUAGUUUUGAAAGGAGUUUGACUUUUUUUCCUCAUUCAUCUCAGUAUAGAGUGCACUAUUUCGCAAUUUGAGAUUUUUGUCAUUAAAAUCAUUUUAUUAUAUUACUUUAAAAAUUGAGUUGAUCUGUUUAAAUAUAAAUCUACUCAAGUUAAUUAAAAUAAGCUUUUCAAAAAUGUAUUAUAUUUAUAACAAAUGUACUGUAAAUAGAAUAAAGACAUGCUAUUCACUGUAUAGAUUUAUUAGAUGCCUUUUUUAAAAUCUGGUUUUCUGAAGACCUAAUAUAUUCUUUAUUUAAAAUAAAUGCCAACCAUAUGCAGCAGGUACCAGCACAAUUUCCUGUGAAAGCUUUAUCGUCAUUGUUUCUGAAAGUGAAAUAUGGUCUUUGUUCUUAAAUUUCUUAAAGUCCUUGGUGGCCUUAUUAUAUAUGAACAAAUGAAUGUUGUCUUUAAAUGUUUUGUGUUUGAUGCCUAUUUACAAAUCUGAAUAAUUCACUUUUUCUAGUGGAAAGGAAGAUCAAAGUUUAUUGAACGUAUUGUAAAUAACUACCUUGCUGACUCUGAUGCUGGUUGUGACAGACUAGAUAGUUUUGUCUUCCUGCUGAGGAGAAGUAAAAAGUUAACAAAA